AUGCAGCCUCGCGGGCUCGAGAGUGAUACCAAGCAGUCUUCGUUGUUCGCCAUCGGCAUCCCCUUCAUCGCAAUCGCCAGUGUCGUAGUAUCCCUACGCGUCUAUGUUCGUGUACGCUUGAUACGGCUGAAAUUGGCUACCGACGACUAUUUGAUAAUCUCUGGCGCGUUUUUCACCAUCUCGCUGUCAGUUGCUAAUAUGGUUUGCGGUUGGUGCGGUGUAGGCAAGCACACACCCGAUAUUUCCAACGAAGACCUCACUCCUAUGUUGAAGGCAAAUCUCGCGACACGCUUACUAUACGUCGUAGCGAUAUGCCUCGUCAAGUUCAGCAUACUCGUGUUCUACCACCGACUAGACCCUCGACGACCCACGAGAUGGAUUGUGUACUUCCUGAUGGCAUGGGUGGCUGCACUCUCGAUCGUGACGUUCUUUGUGCUAUUGUUCGUUUGCACACCGCCAUCCCUGUUUUGGAAUCCUGAGGGUCAGGCUCUGCAUCCAGAGAAGUGCCUCAAGCAGGACACACAGCAAGUGUUCUUCAACAUCAACGGCAUCAUGAAGUAA